AUGCCUUCCUCCAUACCAUCUUCCGAGUACUCGCAAGCCACGACUAUGCAGUCGAUGCGGAAUCAGGUCGGGUCCAAGGUCCGCAAUAUGACGCACUACGGCCAGCCAACCAUCGAGAUCAAUCUCAAGGGCACUGAUGGACCACGCAACACAUGGGUCACAUCAUAUUCCACCAUGGACACUAUCGAGGGAAAUGUCACGAUAACAGCACUGCACGAUACACGGUUCGAGGACAUCGACAUUGCAUUUAUAGCUCCUUCCGAAGUCGUGCUCACACAAGGUUUCCUCAGAACAUGCUUCGGUGGUUCUUUGCUCGACGACCUUGCUCCUGAAAUGUCUAAAAUUAGUUACAACAUCAAAGUCCGGAUCGCGCGGCGACAGGGCAAUGAGGGUAUCACAGUCCUCGGAGAGAAGACGAAGAAAGUUCGCAUCAAGCCUGCUCUCAUUGAGCAGCCGCCAUUGAACAUUGACGGCAACAAGGAAUACCGAGCACGACAAGAGAAGACCAUCAAGAAGGGACUCUUCAAAGGCAAGCUAGGAACGUUGUCUGCAAGAACUGUACAGCCUAAAGCUUUGGUCAUUCCUGGUGCGCGGACGACAGACAACCAAACCAUAACCACAAUGGCCAAACUCGUUCUGCGCUUCGAUCCUACCGAUGAGACGGCGUCUCCACCACGCCUCGGCUCUUUGAGUACCAAGAUCAAAGUAUCAACAUGUUAUGCUUCGAGUCCGAGACAAAAUUUCCCAUCGCGAUUGACCAUCGGUUUUGACGCUUCACAGGGCGCAUACUCCGAAAGUAUCGCACUCUCAACACUCUGCAUAGCAUCUGCGCCUUGGGAAAAGCAUUCUGCAGACCAGAACCCGGAACCCGAAGAAGACCCUGAGCGCCGCGACUCUGGCAUUUCAGACUGCUCCACCACCAGCAACAGUGAGGCUGCAUUCGCCGCUGGUAUCCUACCCGCAUCUAAAGAUUACAAGAACGGCAUCUUUUACACCGCACAGGUCCUCGUUCCCGUUACCCUUCCCAUGAACAAGAACUUCAUACCAACCUUCCACUGCUGUUUGGUAUCGCGAACAUACACACUUGGCAUGACUUUCAAUGUCCACGGCAGCUCAUCUACGUCUCUGAAAGUCCCGAUUCAGAUCUGCGCAGAAGGCAGCGACACCGGCAUCGAGAAUGCGAGGGCGAGGAGUGUUGAAGAGACACAUUUGCGGCAGGCGAUCGAUAUGUGGGCACCGAGGAGCGUUGCACCACCGCCGAGUUUCAGCGAAGUUGAGAGAGCGCCCCGGAACAACAGUAUAGGCACGAGGGAUGAACUGCCUCCGGAUUACUCUGCGUUCGCGCCGCCUGUUAGGCGGUACGAAGGGUUGAUUGCGGUUUGAGAAUGAUGUGUUGCAUAACAGGGGGGCUUCGUUUCUCCGGUAGCUUUUCAAAUUGUUCAAGGCAGCUACUUACAUUUCGUAGUCAUUAUACCCCAAGCUAGCCAGCUUUAUAAAUAUUGUUAAUUUAUUUC